AUGCGCUCAGCCCAGCGCCAGGACCAACUGCGUGACGAAUGGGAUGUAUGUUGCUUCGAGACAGAGACUGCAGGCCUGAUUAAUGACUUUCCGUGCCUUGUUAUACGCGGGAUAUGCGAUUAUUCUGAUGGGCAUCAGAACAAGGAGUGGGAGCCCUAUGCAGCUAUCACUGCGGUGGCCUAUGUGAAGGAUCUUCUGCGCGUGAUUCACCCUGAGACUGUUGAAGGGGCAGCGAAUGUGGUGGGGAGUCUUAAUGAUGUCUCACGUGCCCUGGAUAAGGGGGACUUGGAGGUAUCCCAAUUGACAACGUCCGUGGAUAAAAUCCAUGAAGAGCAGAAGAACGCAAACAUCCUAGAGAGGCUUCACCUCCAUGAUUUCAACGCCGAGCAAAGCGAAGCCUCCAGUGAAUCCCGGGAAGUAACUGGAGAGUGGUUACUCGUCCUCGUCGGCAAGCGCAAAUGCACUGGCUUUUCCCCAUGA